AUGCUCGCGGUGGGUCAGAUGGACGGGUCCGGGUCCGGGUCCGGGUCCGGGUCCCGGCAGAGCGCCUUCCUCCUCGGCACGCCCCCCCUGGCGGCGCUGCACAGCAUGGCGGAGAUGAAGACCCCGCUGUACCCGGCCUACCCGCUGGCCUCCCCCGGGCCCGGCUCGUCCACGUCCCCGGCCACCACGUCCCCGAACCCCGGCGGCAUGGCUGCGCCGUCCCCGUCCCCGGGGGUCAAGUCCUCGGGGCUGGGCUCCCCCCAGCAGAGCUCCUCCGCCACCCCGCACGGGAUUAACGACAUCCUGAGCCGGCCGUCGGCGUCCUGCUCGUCGGCCGGGAUCCUGUCCGGCCUGCCCCGCUUCGGCAGCCUCAGCCCCCCCCCGCCGCCCGGGCUCUACUUCAGCCCCGGGGCGGCGGCGGCCGUGGCCGUGGCCCGGUACCCCAAGCCGCUGGCGGACCUCCCGGGCCGGACCCCCAUCUUCUGGCCCGGGGUGAUGCAGAGCCCCCCCUGGAGGGACGCGCGCUUCUCCUGCUCCCCCCACCAGAGCUCCGUGCUGCUGGAUAAGGACGGGAAGCGGAAACACACCCGGCCCACCUUCUCCGGUCAGCAGAUCUUCGCUCUGGAGAAAACCUUCGAACAAACCAAGUACCUGGCGGGACCGGAGCGCGCGCGCCUGGCCUACUCCCUGGGCAUGACCGAGAGCCAGGUCAAGGUAGGAGAAGAAUCAAAAAGAACAAAACGAAGAAAAUCAAACUCCAGAGAACCGGAGGACUGA